CCACAAAUCGUGUAGAUAUCAAACACACACAAUCAUGCAAUUUCUCACUCUCCUACGCCCUCCAUGACACCGCCACCCAGUAAACCCACCCUGCCAUCCUCAUCCCAAUCCUUUCACCUCUCCGCCCUCAACGUGCUCCCACCCCCACCACAGCCCGACUCGGGGGCCUUCCUACGAGCAGACAGACACGGCACCGCGCAAGAGCUAGAAGACAUCCCUCAUCAUCCUGUUUCUGCGCGUACCUCUUCACGAAGCAGUCUAGGCUCCAGCACGCGCCCCUCCCACACCAGCACAGCGGCAGAUACCUCGGGCUCCAGGCUCCGCUUGGGAAGACAGACACUGCGAUGGCACGACCGCGUGGUGCGAUUCUGGACGAGUAAUGUCAGUGUGACGAUUGAAGAGGGCGCGCACAGAGAUCAUCUGGCCCUCGAGCGCACCUUCCUCGGCUACCUGCGCACCUCGCUCGCCCUCGUCAUGACGGGCAUCAUCACCGCGCAGCUCUUCCGUUUGCAGCACUCUUCCUCACCCAAUCCGCGCAUCGGGUUCGUUGUGCUGGGCGUGCCGCUUGCGGCGAGUUUUAUUGCGCUCGGCAUGCUAGUUCUACUGCUAGGAGCGCUAAGGUUUUGGAGGCAGCAGAGGGCGCUGGUGAAGGGGAGGGUGUGGGCCGGGGGCUGGGAGCUGCUUGUGAUUAUGGGGAUGAGCUUGGCGGUGAGUUUGAGCGUUGGAGGUUGGGGAUGGAGAGAGGCUGAUUUGGAUAGAUUACUGCCGUUACGUUUGCGAUGCUGGUUUGGGUGGAUGUGGAUAAGGGGUAGAGGUCGCUGUGUGUGAGUUGCGUGGCACAAGAGGGAGCUCUCAUGGAAGGUGUACACCGGCGAUACAGCACUAGGCCCGCAUGCUGAGUUCGUGUAGCCGUCCAAGUCACUUCCGGAUCAUGACAGAUAUCUGACCGGCGAAGGCCUCAGCAUAUAUCCGGUGUUCGGGGUGCUACGGGAGGAGAGGUUGAUGUUCAGGCAAUGUCGGU